GCCUCCUCGGCGAGGCCGGGCAGGGAGGCCGGGCCGGGGGAGCCGGAGCCCUUUGUGUGUGCGAGAGAGCCGCGGGGAUGGUGCCCGCCGCCGCCGCCGCCUCCCGGAAGACCUUGCCAGGUGAGCUUCAGAGCCUGGAAGCCGCCUUCUGGUGGAGCUGAGGAACGGACAGGAGUAAACAAGAAGUGAGCAGGAGAAGGAGGUUUUCAGCAGCUGUCAAGAUGGGCAUGAGGAUCAAGCUGCACAGCACUGACCACCCCAACAACCUGUUGAGGGAACUUAACAAAUGCCGGUUGUCAGAGACUAUGUGUGAUGUUACCAUUGUGGUGGGUAGUCGUACCUUCCCUGCACACAAAGCAGUGCUGGCGUGUGCAGCAGGCUACUUCCAGAACCUUUUCCUCAGUACAGGUCUGGAUGUGACCCGCACCUACGUGGUGGAUUUCAUUACUCCAGCCAACUUUGAAAAGAUUCUGAACUUUGUCUAUACCUCAGAGCUCUUUACAGACCUGAUCAAUGUGGGUGUCAUUUACGAGGUUGCUGAAAAAUUGGGCAUGGGUGAUUUGCUGAAGGCUUGCCAUUCCACCUUCCCAGACUUGGAAAACUCAGCCAACACGAAACAACCUUCUGUCUCAGGUGAAAGCCGGCCAACUGGCAUGUCGACAGAGCCGAACCAUGCCCUGGGUGAAAUCCGAAACAGUGGGGAGCACCCGGGACCAGAGCGGAGUUGCAGUAUGCAGAGUGAAGCACCAGGUGGCUACAAAGAAGAUUCUGCAAAUGAAGGCAGCCAUAACUUAAUGCACCAGCAGACUCCCAAAACCGAAGAACAGGAAUCACCAGCACAGUUUACUGGUGCCAUGAGCAUUAUGACACAGGCUGGUCUCAGCAAUGUCAGCAUGGCUGUUCAAAGCACUGUCAACUCAUGUCAUCCAUAUAAACUCCAGAACAACGGGGAUUACAACAAAGGCAAUUUUUUUGCUUCGGAUGCAUCACUGGAUAUAUCAACAGGCAGCAACUCCUGCCCUAGCAAUAGUGAUCACUCCAAAGACCAGGGCUUUGGGCAGAUGGAUGAGCUACAGCUAGAAGAUCUAGGGGAAGAUGAACUACAUUUUGAAGAUCCCAGCGAGGAGCUAGGUGCUGCAGAGGAAGUUAUUGAGCUGAGCGAUGACAGUGAAGAGGAGCUAUCCUUUGAGAAUGACAACCGUGAUAACAAGGCCAUGCCCUGUCAAGUGUGCAAAAAGGUUUUAGAGCCCAACAUACAGCUGAUCCGCCAACAUGCCAGAGACCAUGUGGACCUCCUGACUGGCAACUGCAAAGUCUGCGAGACCCAUUUCCAAGACAGGAACUCCAGAGUCACCCACGUCCUGUCUCACAUUGGGAUAUUCCUCUUCUCCUGUGAUAUGUGUGAGACCAAGUUUUUCACCCAAUGGCAGCUCAGCCUUCACCGCCGCGAAGGGGUGUUUGACAACAACAUUAUCAUCCAUCCUAGUGACCCACUUAUAGGGAAGGUCAACUUGUUCAGUGGGGAUUUGGCAUGUGCCACCUGUGGGAAACCCCUUGCCAAGGAUUUUCAUAUGGUUCGGGGCCACAUCUUGGACCAUGUUAACUUGAAAAGCCAAACAUGUGGCGUGUGUGACCAGCGGCACCUCAAUCUCUGCAGCUUGAUGUGGCACACCCUUUCCCACUUGGGCAUUUCUGUUUUUUCUUGCUCCGUUUGUGCCAACAGUUUUGUGGACAGGCACCUCCUGGAGAAGCACAUGGCAGUCCACCAAAGCAUGGAGGAAACCCUCUUUCGGUGUCACUACUGUGGCCAAGCUUUUAAGCUGGAAGCUGCUUACCGCUACCAUGUGAGCCAGCACAAGUGCAGCUCUGGCUUGGACCUUGUCCGGCCCAGUUUUGGCGACCGACUCCACCAGCAAGCUCUGCAGAAGAGGAAGCUGACAGAGGAGUUCCUAAGUGAGGAUGUGGCUCUUCAGAGCCAACCUGGAAACAGUGCUUUCUGGAGGGAUGCAACAGAACAGAUUGAUCACAGGGCACAGAUCCUGACUCAGUUUGAACUACACUUGUGGCUUUAUCCUAUAGGUUGUACUUUAUGCUUUCUAAGUGCAGUACUAUGUGAAAUCCAGGCAGGGGGAUGGAUGAGAGAAGCGAACGUUGACAAAUGUAGCAGCUGGCUUGAGAUCUGCCCCUAAGUUUAAUGCAAACUACCUCAUAAGGAGGAAGUCCUGGAGUCUUAAAAAUCAGUGGUAUGUACAAAUAGGCUUCCAGGCUUCUGUAUAUGAAAACACUGUUGUUAAAGAAAAACAGAAAUCCACAUAAUGCUGCUCUAGCCCUGACCUAUGGGGGGGGGGGUGGAAUGAAAAACUGUACAGCCCCAGGAAUCUCAGUUCUGACAGUAAUUCCAGUAGGGCAGCCUUGGUCAGGUUGCUUUGCUCUCUGCUUACAGUACCUACCUCUAAGGGUGUUGUGAAGAUUGACUGCUUUGAUUUUUGUCAAGGAGAAAAAGCACUUAGGCAUGUCUUCUUGUUUUCUUAUAAGAAAGUUGCCGUCUUCAAAUAGCCCCCAGCAUGCAGCAAGUGUUCUGACAUAUCUCUCAAUUCCUUUCCUCCUUGUGGCCUCUGAAUAGCAAACACCAAACAGGACACACUAAGGAAUUAACUCAACAAUAUAGCGGACAAGACUAUUCCUAAGUAUAAGUAAUGCUGGAAGCAUUCAGUGUAAGGAUGUAAGAGUUGUCAGGAAUUUACUACUUCUAGUAGUACCACUAGUAUUUAGAUAAUGUCAGGGCCACAUGGCUAGACCCACAGGGCUUGAGAAAGGAACUGAAGCCUAAGAAAGCCUAAGGUCCAGCUGUGGACUAAUGGCAGAUGGACAGUAUUUUAUUAUUUAUACGAGCCCUGGCCAGUCAAAAAGCUUCAUACUAUCUAUCAACUGGAGGGGCUGAUGUUACACACUCUUAUUGCUCCUCUAUGCCUGAAGAGGGCUGAGCCCAUAAAGUAGCACACCAGGCUAAGCCCCAGUCUUGGUCUCUGAAGCUCUUGGUUCAAGUUCUGGAGUCCAAAACAAUAAUGGAUGUACUCCCCAGGUGUUGAACAGAACCAUGUUUUCGUAGUUAAGAUGCCUUCAUUGGAAGUGAUGGAGAAGGAGCUAUAUUGGAUCUCACCCAGUAAGGACUGUUCCUUAUUCUCGACUUCUAGAGCUGUUUCAGUCUAGUUCUCCAGUGCCAAACUGCAUCCAAUGCAAACUUGGCCAGCUUUAGAAAUUCCAUUAAAAAAAAAAAGCAUUCUGCCAUGACAAAGAUAUGAAUCAUUGUGCUUGGUAGUGUAGCUUGGCCCAAGUAACUUCACCUGUCUGCCUCAAAACACCCACACAUCAACUCACCCCAAAUUGUGAGUGAGGAAUAUUUAAAAAUACCUACCUCACAAAUGGAAAAGUUGUGAGGUGUAGUAAAUGUCUGUAAAGUGCUUUGGAAUCCUUAGGCGUGUAGAAAGACAAAGUAUUGUAAUUAAAUAGCUUUGCUCUGUUUGCUAUGCUACCAUUUGUGAAGAAUCCCUACCAUUACCAUCACAGUAGGGGAGGGUUCAGGCAUGGAACAGGUGUUCCAGUCUAACACAGAAAGCUUUGAAACUAAUAAACAACACUGUUUUUGGAGACUAACACUUUAUUAUUGCUCUUAUUUUUGUGAACUCAAAACCAUGCCCUCUCCCUUUUCCUCCAAAGAUCCAGAUGUCUUGAAAUAAAAAACAACAACAAAGCAGAGCAUUGUGAUUGCUGUCUAACCUUUUGGUUAAGUUAAUUGUAGGUACUGACCUGGUUAUUUAAGUGUUUAAUAUCUAUUUGCUGUAAAGUUUGUACAUUUUGUAAAACUUUUCUUCCUCAAAGAAAAAAAAGUAGAUGUCUAAAAUCGUUGUACAUCGGAUUCUUUUAUACUCCAUCAUUUGGCACAAAAGUGUGGUUUUUAUUUAGAAUAAUAAAAUGAAAAACUCGA